CCGGAGCACAAACACACCAAGCACUAACUCAACUGCUGCAGCAUGCACUGGGAGUUCGUGGACGGCAACACUGCCAUCUCAGCCACCACCCGAAAGCGCAUCCGAAGCCAUGUGGCUCGAUGCAAGAACGCGGGGAGACGCCUCAAACGACCAUCCCGACUGAGCAAGGCUCAUGGUGAACCUCCAACUUACCUCCGCAUCCCUGCCCUCCUUCAGAGUCACGAAACCAAUGACGAUCAAGAGAUUAUUUGCGACAUCAAAAGACCCAUCACGAGCGGUUUAAUCUUCCCUGUCGAGAUGGAGCCACAAACUCGGGACAUCGCACACAAGGCAUUUGACUUUAUUCGUGACCUACGCGGUGCUCCUGGGUUAUUUUCCAUCGUUGAGGAACCCAGCGCUCCUUUAAUUUGGGUUCAAUACAUGUUCCUCGAUGCCGCGUACUUCCAUUCAGUCAUCGCCACAUGCCUGUGGAUUGUACCAGGACUCAUAUCCGAGCAGCACCGAGUCGUCGAGGCAUCGCGCCAUUUAUUGCGCACGAUACACCUGAUCAGUGGCCGGCUGGCCGGCGCAAACUCCACCUCGGAUGAUACCGUGGCGGCCGUGGUGGGUAUGGUGCACUACGAGCGGCACCAGGGGCAGUUCGGACGAGCUCUCAUUCACACCCGAGGGCUGCGGCAGAUGGCCGACUUGCGUGGCGGGGUUCUCAAACUGGGAUGUGAGCUGGCCAGGAAGGUAUUUCUGUGUGAUAUGGAGUGUUCGUUUCAGCUGGGCUGUGCACCUUUGUUCUCUAUUGAAGAGGUUGAUGCUGUGAUUUUUUCAACAGGUGACUUUGAGUUGAGACGCAUUGCAGCGACACCUGAGGCCGGCCCUUGCGAUCUGAAUACGUGUCUAGCCACUCUACUACGGCAUGGGAGGGAUCUUGCGCUCGUUUACAACGCCAUUGGGGCCGGUCAACAACCGAAGCUUACAUAUUAUGCUCAUUUCGAUCUCGUUCUAUCCUUCGGCUAUCGGCUUUUGAAGUUCAGUCCAUUGCAAGGACCGCGGCCAGUUAGUCAUCUGGACGAUGUCCUUCACCUGGGCUUGAUAAUCUUUCUCUGCACUUUUAUUCGACGACUGGAUCGUGGCAUUGCCGACAACAAUCUACUUGCGAGACUGCUUGGGUCUGUGGCCGAGAAAGUGGAGACCGAUCGUGGAACACAGGAAGCACUCCUGUGGGCUCUACUUGUCGGCACAGCAUCUAUCUUCCAAAGGGAUAUCCCGGAGUGGCUCACGGCGAAGGCUGCAACGCUGAUACAGAGUCUGAGGCUUGCUACCUGGGAAGAUACUCUAGGCUUACUUCACCGUUAUCCAUGGGUCAAUGCCCUCCACAAUGAGUCCGCCCGAGGGUUGUGGCACAGAGUGGCUCCGUCUUACAAUAGUGGCUAUUGA